UAUCGAUUAGCAUGGUUGUAACGAAUCGCAUCGUAACACGUGAAUUCAGUUUUUAUUGGGCGCAGACAAAUUACGAAAAGGUUUACGGGAGGAAAAGUUGUUUAUUUUGUUGUGAAGUGAGACGUAGUUGGACGAAAGUUUGUGUGUGCGAUAUUUACAUCCGAAUUGAACCAGAAAGGAAGAGGCGUAUAUCAUUGUUAGCUGUGUGAUGGAACUUUCUAGAACUGCAUUUAACUCCUGCAAGCAGUUUGAGGUACAUGGGGGGCCUCAGUGGUGUUAAUGGCCGACAGAGACAUGGGGAGACCCAGAUUCAAGAAUCCCUACGACCCCCAGAAGGAGGUUGGGGGUGGAUGGUCGCUUUUGGAAUGGCGCUCAUGUUUAUUUCAACUUCCGGUCACUAUUUAUCCUUCGUCCCACUCUUCAGUGGCAUCUUGGAUCAACUUGGGGAACAAACGACAGGUGCCGCGGUCAUCAUGACUGCCCUCACGGCGUCUGUCAAUUUUACAGGUCUGGUGACGAAUCAGUUGUUGAAGAGCGUGUCGUAUCGUGUGGUGGCAGUACUGGGUGGAGUAAUCUUUGCCGUGGGUAUGUUGCUGACGAUCUUUGCACACAGUAUGGUGCAUAUUGUUAUCACAUACAGUAUCAUCGCCGGCAUUGGGAUGGGUCUAGUGGCACCUUCUUCAUAUUUAGCCAUCAACUCAUACUUCGUCUCAAGACGUGGAAUUGCAAUGGGUUUCUGCCAAGCUGGGAUUGGCCUUGGCUUUAUCACCAUGCCCUAUUUGGUGGAGAUGCUUCUACAUAAUUACGGCUUCAGGGGUACUAUGCUACUGUUAGGCGGCAUCGCCCUUAACUCGGUCGUGGGGGCUCUACUGUACCAUCCGAUAGAAUGGCAUAUGGUGCGAUUAAGACUCCAUAAGAUGAUGGCGAAAGAAGAUGAAGAUGCGUUGGAUGAUGUGAUCUUGGAUUCAAGACAUAUCUCAAUGACUGGAGCCACAACGUUGUCUAUGGACGUGAUACCCGAUGAGGAAGAUGAUCUGACGACGGUGCCACCUGCCGAUAAAAAGUUGCCGAACAAUUCAAAUGGCAUGCUGGUAUCCGACGACACGGACUGCGACGACCAUGUGAUUAUCUCACGAAGAGGCAGCAUCAUCAUAUCAUCGAUGUUAGACGGACGUUCCCACCAACUUCUGCUUCCAGUACGAGAAGAAGAUACAGGAAAUGAGAGGCAAGAUAUUGCUCAGUCUGAGAAGCAGUCGCAGGGUCGCGGCGACGGUUCGACCGCGCUAAAACGGCCAUCGGUAUCCCUGGCCAACUAUGGCAGUAAUGUACUCAUGUUUGACAAUACCAUUGUGGACACCUCGCCAAAAAAGGCUAUUGCAGAUCACAUUGUCAAAGCAUUGCACAAGGUGUCCGACAAAUUCACCGGCUCAAAUCAGGAGCAAACUUGGAAAUUGCUGCGGCACGUUCCCGACGAGACAGAGGAAGGAGAAUACGCCACCUUCGGCCAGCCUUCCACGUCUUCUGCUCCGUCGUCUCCUGCGGUCAGAUCUCGCAAGUCCUCGUGCUGCGACUGCUUAGUGAUGUCGCUGAAUGAAUCUCUGGACUUGGCGCUGCUCAAGGACCCGGUUUAUGUGAACAUUGUUCUGGGUCUUUCGGUGUCCUUUGCUAGUGAUACCAGUUUCUUCACCGUCUUUCCGUUUUACCUGGCACAGACGCCGUGGCCAGGUUUCUCUGAUAAAGAGGUGGCGCUCUGUCUGUCUAUAACUGCUGGUGCUGACACUGUCGCGAGACUUCUGUUACCGAUACUGGCCGAGAGGUUCAGAGUUGGCCCACGAGCCGCGUAUCUCUUCGGAUGCUUCUCGUCUGCCAUCGUGAGGUCAAUAUUCGCCAGUGUACAGGGAUUUGUGACGAUUGCUGUCAUGUCCGGCGUUGUGGGCUUUCUGAAAGGGGCUCUAGUUGUCAAUCAAUCGCUCGUUAUUGCCGAGCACUGCCCUCUGGGUCGCUUCGCGGCAGCGUACAGCCUCUUCAUGGUCAUCAAUGGUGUGAUUACAUUGUGUCUUGGACCUCUAGUUGGUGUGAUUAGAGAUAGGACAAAUAGUUUUCCCUUCAGUAUCCACAUACUUUCUGCCUUUUUGUUACUGUGUGUGUUUAUGUGGGUGCUCGAGUAUAUCUGGGUGUCAUGCAGGACACGCACGCUGAGAUCUGUGGCUCACACCCUGAAGACGCAGCUCUGGUAACACACAGUAACGCACAGAGAUAUCCUCCGUACUUCUUUCAAAGUUUUAGCGGCAGUAAUAUAAUACAGUGGUAUCAUUUUGAAUUAAAGGAUACGUGACUGACGAGCCCCCUUAUUACAUAUACCCAGGCAGCUGCCCCACUAUUCCAUCUCUGGCUUAUAACAUUGUGGGUUAUUUGUGUCAUCAACUCGGUGCUGUCGGCAGUACUACGUCUGAUACGUGAUUUGUUUUAUGAAUGUACCGGGUUAGAAACUCAGUAAAUGUGACAUCCAAAAUGAUUUUCUUCACUUGCCUCAUGGUAUUAUUUGAAUAGUGUGACAUUUUUUUGAUUUCGUGUAACUUCUGCAGGUGAAAUACCAUUAUUAAAUAACCAUAUAAUAAGUCCGAAGAUUUUGGUUGCUGCUGGUUAAGGUAGGAUCAGUAAUAAACUGGAGGAGAAAGUAGGGAAUAAGGUUUGUAGUACGACCACUUACGCUAAUUUAAUUUUUAUCAUAUUUUGUAUCGAGUCUGAGAAAAAUAUCAAAACUUUCAUUAAAAAAACAACAGGUGUC